AUGUUGGUGGAUAAACCAACUCGAGAACGUACUCGUCCAGUGCGCUCAACCAAAAAUAUUGCUGCUGUGGCUGAAAGUGUGCGUGAACAACCAUCAACAUCAACUCGGCACCGUUCACAACAAUUGGCCAUUUCACGCACUUCUCUGAUGCGAAUUUUGCGAAAAGAUCUUGCAAUGAAGCCAUAUAAAGUUCAAUUGGUUCAUCAGUUAAAGCCUAUUGAUCAUCCGAACCGUCUACAGUUCGCAAAUUGGGCUGAAGAUCGUUUGAUUGAAGAUGAUGAAUUUUAUCGAAAAAUUAUUUUUUUGGACGAAGCACAUUUUCACCUCGGUGAAUCGCGUAGUUUCGGUUCUGGAAUUGAGUCCUCUACAGGCAUUCAUGUUAUUCUUACCGGUGUUAUUAUUGAUAUGAUAUAA